CCCACGCGCACGCCAUGGACGCCGCGCGAGCUCGGGCUCCUCUUCCGUCGUCGCUGGCGUGGCUCGCCGUGCUACUGCUCCUCGUCGUGGCGACGACGACGCCCGGCAGGGUCGGCGCGGCAUCGUCAGCGGCGACAUCCGCGAGCGAGGCGGCCGCGGGGUGCGACUGCGGCGGCGCGGCGGAGGCGGAGGCGGCGAUCAUCAAGGAGGAGGACGCGCGCGGGGCGCUGCGGCUGAAGCUCAUCGCGGUGGCGUCCAUCCUGGCGUCGGGAGCGGCGGGGGUGCUGGUCCCGCUCCUGGGCCGCUCCGCCUCCGCGCUGCGCCCCGACGGGGACGUCUUCUUCGCCGUCAAGGCGUUCGCCGCGGGGGUCAUCCUCGCCACCGGCAUGGUGCACAUCCUGCCCGCCGCCUUCGACGCGCUCGGCGGCGGCGGCGGGUUCCCCUUCGCCGGCCUCGUCGCCAUGUGCUCCGCCAUGGUCACCAUGAUGGUCGACUCCGUCGCCGCGGGCUACUACCAGCGCUCGCACUUCCGCAAGGCGCUCCCCGUCGACGACGCCACCGACGGCGCCGCCCGCGCGGUGCCCGGGGACGAGGAGGGCGCCGCCGCCGCCGGGCACGCCGGCCACGUGCACGUGCACACGCACGCGACGCAUGGUCACGCGCACGGCCAAGCCCACGAUCACGGAGGACACGGCCACGCCGGCCCGCCCUCGCCUCAGGAUGCCUCCUCCGUCGCCGUGUCCAUCAGGCACAGGGUGAUCUCUCAGGUUCUGGAGCUGGGAAUCCUGGUGCACUCGGUGAUCAUCGGAGUGUCCCUGGGCGCCUCGUUGAGGCCGUCCACUAUCAGGCCCCUGGUUGGAGCUCUUAGCUUCCACCAGUUCUUCGAGGGCAUCGGCCUUGGUGGCUGCAUUGUUCAGGCAAAGUUCAAGGCGAGGGCGACCGUGAUCAUGGCGACCUUCUUCUCCCUCACCGCUCCCAUGGGCAUCGCGCUAGGGAUCGCCAUCACUUCCAGCUACAGCAAGCACAGCGACACCGCCCUGGUCGUUGAGGGGGUCUUCAACGCAGCUGCAGCAGGGAUCUUGAUCUAUAUGUCCCUGGUAGAUCUCCUAGCAGCUGAUUUCAGCAACCCAAGGCUGCAAACGAACAUGAAGCUUCAGCUGGCGACCUACAUCGCCCUUUUCCUCGGCGCAGGGCUCAUGUCAUUGCUCGCCAAAUGGGCAUAGAAGAUAGUCAGAUACAUCUCCAGAGAUGCUGAGGAGGAGGACUGUAAUUCUCCGCAUUGUCGCCGCUAAGGACCCCGGAUGCAGUUUAUGGCCAGCGGGGUAUAUCUUGUCGUAGUGCUACACACCAAUUUCUGUAGAAUCUCCAUCAACCAGAAUCUUGGUGCACUGAGAGGUGAGAAAGAAGGCCUGGAUGUGACCAAGUUCUAGAGUGGAAGGACAUUGCUAGAGAAGUCAAAAUGUGAAUCUUGCAUAAUGGUGUGCUCCCAUGAGGAUGCCAACCAAAUAGGUGUAGUAAUAUACAAGAAUGAAAUAGUGGUGGAGAACAGUUGUUCUUCAAUGAUCUUUGGGGGCUAAAUAUCUGUAGAAGGGAAGGAUCGACUUCCUUUUUGGAGGGAACGGCAAUGUAUAUAAUUGUUAUCCCGUUUCCUCCUUUUUGCUGGAUUAAACUUCCAUGGAAUUUGUUCACUGAAGAAUCAAUUUAAACCCAAGAAUGGUACCAUUCCCCUGAUA